AUGGGCAUCAAAGACUGGAUGGUGAUUGAUGCAAAUACAUACACCAUCUUCAACCCUGGAGAGAAAAUCAGUGUUUCUGAGAAAAUGGAGGAGCUCCCUGACUCUCAGCGAGUGAUUUUGACGCCCAUCCUGCGCGAGUACGCUAUGGAGAACAAAAAGUGGCUCGAAUUCUUUGUCGAUAGUGUGACAGGCAUCACCUGGAACACAAAGGCAUUCGAAUCUUUGUCCAAGAAUAAAGACACAUUUGAUGGUGUUGUUCGGGGAAAGGAACACUGGGUUAUCAUGCUUCUCGGUGAUCCUCCGUGGGCCGGCAAGUCUCUCGCGGCUGAGGGGCCGCGGAAGUUGGCUUCAAAGGUCGAAAGUACUUUGAAGGAUGUUCUCUCAAUUGUCCCAAGAUGGGGUGCUGUCCUACUACUAGAUGAAGCGGGUGUCUUCAUCGAAGCCCGAAACUCGACUGAUCUUGCCAAAAAUGAGUUGUUCCUCGAAGAUGCUGGCUUGCAGAGGUUUUCAGACGAAGGGCUGGAUGAGCUGGUCAAACUGGAGCUGAAUGGUCGAAAAAUCAAGAAUGUGCUCCGGACAGCUCAUCUUAUGGCAAGCGAGGCUGACACGGGCGUCACCUAUGAAGAUGUUCGCACGAUUGUGGAUCUGAAUGGUGUAUCUCUGCGCCCCAAUUGA